GCCGACUUCCGCUUCCCGGCCGGCGGCGCGACCGCGGGACGGCGCCGCGCGCCAUGGCGGCGGAGCUGGGUUUCGUGGAGGCGGCGCCGGCGUGGCGGCUGCGCAGCGAGCAGUUCCCCAGCAAGGUGGGCGGGCGGCCGGCGUGGCUGGGCGAGGCCGGGCUGCCCGGGCCCCCGGAGCUGGCGUGCGCGCGCUGCGGCCGCCCGCUGGCCUUCCUGCUGCAGCUGUACGCGCCCCUGCCCGGCCGCGCGGACGCCUUCCACCGCGGCCUGUUCCUCUUCUGCUGCCGCGCGCCGCCCUGCUGCGCGGGCCUGCGCGUUUUUAGAAAUCAGCUACCCCGGAAAAAUGACUUUUACUCACAUGAGCCACCUGCUGAGGAACCCCCGCCAGAGACGGGAGAACCCGUACGCCUCCAGCUCCCGUCCGGGCCGCGGCUCUGCAGGGUGUGCGGCUGCUUGGGCCCUAAGACCUGCUCCGGAUGCCACCGCGCGCACUACUGCAGCAGGGACCACCAGACCCUGGACUGGAGAGCCGGGCACAAGCAGGCCUGUGGACAGGCAGAUAAUUCGGACAAUACAGUUCCAGACCACAACUUCCUUUUUCCUGAAUUUGAAAUCGUCAUAGAAACAGAAGAUGAGAUUACACCUGAAGUUUUGGAGAGGGAAGAUGAGUCGGAGGUUACAGGGAGCAUGGGUAAGUUUGAAAACUUGACGUAUUAGGCGAUUAAACGUGAU